AUGCCUCCCCGUCAUGAUCCAUCCACCAAUGUCACACCGCCAAGUAUACGCAAGCAACUCUCCACACUCAUCGCUAUUUUCACCGCUAAUGUACAUCGUCUUGAUGCAAAUAUCACACAAAUGGCCACCGUUAACACCCUCAUUGGCCUUCAAACCGGAACAAUGGCCAAACUCAUCCCGCCACCUCCGCUACCACCACCGAAUCAACGACAAAGGCCAUUGUUGCCGACAUCCACACUGCCACUGUCGCCGCCACAACAACCAUUAUUGCCACCGCCGCCUCCAAAACCAUUGCAAUCGCCCAUGCCAACCCAACAACCACUUCUACCUUUACAGUCGUCGCCAUCAUUAACCACGACACCUUCACUACAACACCAAUUCCUACCACCGAUGAUGUCACCCCCGAAAACUACCUUCAUAAAACUAUAG